AUGUCGAACCAACCGUUGACCGACGACCAAGUCGGCAAUGAGCUCCGCAAGAUGACCGCGUUCAUCAAGCAAGAAGCCAUGGAGAAGGCCCGCGAAAUCGAGAUCAAGGCCAACGAGGAGUUCGCAAUCGAAAAGUCCAAGCUCGUCCGCCAGGAGACAGAUGCGAUUGACACGGCCUACGAGAAGAAGUUCAAGCAGGCCACCAUGUCGCAGCAGAUCACCGCUUCCACCGUCGCCAACAAGACCCGUCUCAAGGUCCUGGCCGCCCGCCAGGAGCUCCUCGACAGCAUCUUCGAGGCCGCCGGAAAGAAGCUCGCCGACGGUGUCAAGGACAAGUCGAAGUACCAGGGCAUUCUCAAGAACCUCAUUCUCGAGGGCUUCUACGGCCUCAGCGAGUCCGAGGUCCAGAUCCGCGCGCGGAAAGCUGACAACGAUGUUGUGAAGAAGGCCAUUGACGAGGCGGCCAAGGAGUACAAGAAGAAGACGAGCAAGGACGUCACAGCGACCAUCGAUCAGCAGAACCCCCUGCCCGAGGGAAGCAAGGGCGGCGUGUCCAUUGUCGGAACCGGCGGCAAGAUUGAGAUUGACAACACUGUUGAGCAGCGGCUAAAGCUGCUGGAGGACACUGCCCUGCCGGCCGUGCGAGAGACGCUGUUCGGCAAGAACCCUAACCGCAAAUUCUACGAUUAA